UCAAACCUGAACCUCAAAUAAACGUCAAUGGAAAGAAAAGCGUCAAAACCAAACCGGGUUUUUUUGGUUAAAUACUUAUAAAAUAAACUUAUAUCAUUUGCUUAUUGCCUAAUUCAAUAUAAGUACAAUAAGUGCUUAUAUUGAACGGUACAUGAAUGAUUAAAAUUAUUGAUAAUAUGUCUACUGAUUUUUACAUUCGAUACUAUGUAGGGCAUAAGGGUAAGUUUGGCCACGAAUUUUUGGAGUUUGAAUUUCGUCCUGAUGGCAAACUUCGCUAUGCGAACAACUCUAACUACAAGAAUGAUACAAUGAUACGAAAAGAAGCAUAUGUUCAUCCGUGCGUGAUGGAAGAAUUGAAGAGGAUAAUCGUUGAUUCUGAAAUUAUGCACGAAGAUGAUCGUUUAUGGCCACAACCUGAUCGAGUGGGUAGACAAGAACUGGAGAUAGUGAUUGGGGAAGAACAUAUUUCAUUCACUACAUCAAAAACAGGUUCCCUAGUUGAUGUAAAUCAAUCUAGAGAUCCCGAGGGUCUUCGGUGUUUCUACUACUUAGUGCAAGAUCUAAAGUGUCUUGUAUUUUCCCUAAUUGGACUUCAUUUUAAGAUUAAACCUAUAUAGAAUAUUUUUCUAAAUCAAUAUGAUUAUUAAAAUGCUUCAUAAGUUCUUA